AUGUGGGAUGAUCCUGAUACGCCGGCCUUCCAUUACGGGUCACACUACUCCACAGGCGGCUAUGUGCUGACCUGGCUCAUCCGUAUCGAGCCCUUCUCGACGCUAUUUUUAGAUUUGCAGGGCGGCAAGUUCGAUCAUCCCGAGCGCAUGUUUUCCUGUGUGCAGAGAGCGUGGAACAACUGUCUCACCAGCACAACAGACGUGCGAGAGCUCAUCCCCGAGAUGUUCUAUCUACCUGAGUUAUUAAUAAACAGCAACAACUACGACCUGGGUACCAUGGAGGAUGGACGGCCCCUGCGCGAUGUGGAACUGCCCCCAUGGGCCAAUGGGGAUCCCUACACGUUCAUGCGUAUUCAUCGGGAAGCCCUAGAGUCAGACUAUGUGUCUGCCAACCUGCACCUGUGGAUCGACCUAGUGUUCGGGUACAAGCAACUGGGUGACGAGGCCGUCAAGGCACACAACGUCUUCUACCCGCUGACAUACGAGGGUGCUGUGGACGUGACCACCAUCGCCGACCCGGUGGAGCGCAUGAGCGUGGAAGCUCAGAUUGUCAGCUUCGGACAGACCCCGUCCCAAUUACUUUCGGACCCUCACCCGCCUCGCAACAAUGUGUUACCGGGUGACAGUUCGGUACCCAGAUCUGCCGCCACGAUCACGCGGACCGGGAGUAAGGCCGGUGCUGGUAAUGAGAGCAGCGGAGAUAAAAAUAGAACGCCGAAUCCCGCGGGUCCUCGGCGGCAGAGGACAAAGAGUGAGAGCGCCGUCGCGGUUGCUGAAGACAUAAGCAACAACAACAACACCAACAACAACAAAAAUCAAGAGCACGGAGACCAGACCGUGUCUAUAAAUAGCAACCAAUCAGAAUCGGGGGGAAAUCGACCCCGGGAUCUGCACCAUUCCCUAAGCAGCAGUUCAAUUAGUAAUUCAAACCCCAAGAAGAACAAGAAGAGGACCAAGACGUGGAACCACAAGCGCCUGGCCCAUCUCACAACCGCGCCCGUUGCCAUGGAGAUGGUCUUGCGUAUAGGCAACUCGCCUAUCAUGUGCCUGCAUUCGAAAUCUGCAACGCUAACCACCGGGUCCUCCGUCCAUAUCAGUGGCAGUGCUGCGACGGCAGCUAAUUCAGGUGGUGCAGCCGAGAACAUAUCUGAGACUGGACAACCCAGCAGCAGCACAGACAUCAUCGUUAGCAUCACCAACAGCAUGUGUUACAGCAUACACACUCUCCUCACAACCACCACCACCGCAUCACACGCAUCACACGACCGAGACGAGUCGUACAGGGAUCCGGACAAGGGGACAAACAAGGACAUACACAAAGACACCAAGGUCUCCCAUCGUACCCCGCCCCCGGUGCACAAGAAUAUGACGGACCAGGCUCCGGGGAGCCCAGUAUCAUCUACCGGCAAACAGCUCGGUAAUAGUCCACUAUCUGGCACACGCGGGACACCCAACCGGACUAAGAGCCAGCGAUACGAGGGUGGCAGCAGUGUCGGGAUAGGUAAACCCACAUUGCACAAGCAACAGUCCAAUCAAAGCAACCCGCCCUCGUCACCUGUGAGUGGGCGUAAGUUCAAGCGGGUCAUGUCUGUUGACGGAGUGGGUGUGGGUGGGGAGCACAGUUCGAGCUUCCGCGGCACUGUGGGUCUAGGUAAGAGCACACCACGGUAUAUGGGGUAUAAGCCUACCUUUACGCUGGACCCGGCCCUGGCGCAGGCGGACUAUGCUGCCCAAAGAAGAGUAGGGGCCAAUAUCCGAAUGCGCGCGCACCAGUCGUUGUCCAGGCAGUGCUUCGCUGUGAUCGGUGAUCGUCGGUACAUCCAGAGCAAACAGACGGCUGCAGUGCUGUGGACCUGUGGGUCGUGGGACGGGUCAUUCCAGUGCUACUCCCUGAACUAUCUAGGUGGCGCUCGGUUGCUCCAGAAUGUCCGUGUGCACACCGAUGGUGUCACGUGCUUGACACUGUCGGAUAACCACGAGAUACUCCUGACGGGGUCCAAAGACACGACGGUGAUGGUGUGGAAGCUAGUGCCCGGGACGAGCAAAAUACAUCGCCAGCCCCAGGCCGUCAUCUACGAGCACUCUGAGCCCAUCCGAUGUCUUGCGGUUGACAAAAACCAUGACUUGGUGGCUAGUGGGUCGGACAAGAUAUUCCUGCACACGUGUGUGGGAGAUUUGAUCCGUGUGUUGGAGCAUCCGACGUGCGACAAGGUGGUCAUGCUUAGAAUCACCCCCGACUGUCGUGUGAUUGCGUAUUACGAAGACCAUGGAGGGACUAUUGCGGUCUACACAAUCAACG